UAACCGUAGAGGACGUCGUCUGUUAUUUAGACGGUUAAAGUACACCGAACCAAGCUAAUUCCGUCGCACAACAACUUUGCCAGAGUUUACUAUGUUUAUAUGGUUUGAAUGAGAAAUUUCAACAGCGAGCACCAAAAUCAAAUUUGCCCCGUAUCUAUAAGCAACGGGCGACCAUGAAGGGUGAGGGCAAGGAAAUGGACCCGGCAGCGAGAGAAUCGAGAAACGGUGACAUCUGGGCAGCGUUGCAGGAAGUGGUGCGAGACAAUCCAAGAUUCUGGUUGUACUUCAGUUCGGUGAUGAUCCAGGUCCGAGAAGCGGUUUUGGAACGAGCAGCGGCCGGUUCACCACGCGACUUUUUUCCCGGCUACCCAAAGUACCGAGACGUAGCGAGCCAGACGGAAACGAUUUCCGUACGCGAUGUCGGCACCCAAACCGAAAUAGCCGACGAGAACUGUCAAGACGAUAAUAAGAUACCCGCCAUCUGGUGCAAUUUGACCGAAUUAACCGAGUCCCCGCUGUCCCCGAACGAUGUGCAAAUGGACGACAAAAUGGCGGCGCAAGAGAGCAACAAAAUGGCGUCAGGGCUAGCGGAAGACGACGAAAUGGCGUCGCGAGAGGAAAACAAAAUGGCCGCGCAAAGGAACGAGCAAACGGCGUCCGAGGCUGAAUCAGGAACCGCAGAAAAUGAAAUCGCGGCUGCACCGUCGGAGAAUAAUGACAAGGAGGGUGCAAAACAGGCGUCUGGCGAAGCUGCGGUGAAAAUAAUGCCGUUAAUGGAGGUGAAAACGUCGGGAAGUAUUUCAAAAGAGAAAAAUAAAACUCAUCCUCGGCCAAAGUAUCACCAGCUAAUCUGCAUCCGGUGCGGAAAACACGGAUAUGAAACGGACAAGUGUCCCAAUUGCUCGACGAAUUCGUUCAACGAACAUCAAAAACCGUCGGCUCCUCAACGACGACGUUCCAGAAAUCGCCACAGGAUGCGCGAUCCUUACCAAAAUUCGUUCGACUAUUCUCGAUACAUGCAUUAUUGAGGGUUGACUUUUCAUCGAAACCAAAUAUAUAUAUAUACAUAUAUUAUAAUCUACUACCGAAAUAUUACAGUUGUCAUUAGAGUCGACAUGUUACACCUAGAUUACGAAAUUCGGUUUCGGCAAUGUGAUUGAAAAUUCUUUUCAAUUUAACGUUUCGAAAUGCAAAAAGAAUAUAUAUCAAGGCAGAGGCCUUCUUACGUGUUAUAACGUUGCAGCCACUGCAAUGACACGCGUUUUAGGUUAGGUAAGAAUGGCGCUCGUCAGAGCGUGAAUCAAGUUUUGGAAAAGAAUAAUCGAAAACGUUUGAAAAAUUAGGUUAUCCACUGUAAAAGCAAUAUAUCGAUAAUUUGAGAAAAGGUUCUGUAUACAUAAUUAGAAUUGGAUAAAAAUAAUUAAGCUGUCGCUUUUUUUAUACGAUUUUAACGAUGGUCGAAUUGUUCUGUUCGUCGUAAACGAUAUGCCAGAGAUUGCUCGAGAAAAAUCUGCAAACAAUUUUACCGUCAAAGUGGGUUAGAAUAGAUUUGUGCAAAUAAGGUACAAGAAAAUUUUCUUCGACAAUUACAUUUUCACCGUAUAAAAACACCAUAAGGUACAUGAUCAAAAGCACUGAAGAUUAAUCAUUUCGAACGUUCUAAUCACAAAACCUUGCCUAAAAUUGUCGUUAUCUUGGCUGGCGUUAUUAAUUUCCUAAGAUAUCAAUUUUACCGCACUCAUUUUUAUCGCACAAUUCAAUUUCAUUCACUACCGCUGGGUUUUUUUUUUUUUACUCAUUCUAUUGUUCCGAAUUCUGACUGUCAGACUGUGGAGAGUCCCACUAAUUCUAAAUUUCUUACCGACUAAUUGUAAGAAGCGUAUUGUGACUUGUGAUAAUCGAAUUAAACCGCAAUCCAAGCACAAGAUAUUAUAUGCUCAAUGUGGCAAUUAAUUAUCAAACCAUAGAGUACAAUUAUCCCUCAAACUGUAUUAUACCCAUAUCCAUAUUUUCUCAUAUAAAACAUGUCACUGUCUAGAUAUAUCAAAGUAAACGAUAUCUAUUUUUCAAAGUAAAAUUUAAUACGUAUACGUUACAUG